GGCUGCGCCAGGCUUCCCCCGGUGCGGCCACAUCAGCCCGAGGAGGCGGCCCAUCGGAUGCGGGAAGUCGAUUGCUGAGGGCUGGGGAGAGACACACCUUCCUCCGGCCCCAGCGCCGCAGAUCCGGGUGCAGCAGCCGGGGCGGGGCAGAGGGGGAACCAGCCCCCCAGCAGCGCGCGAGCGGGAGAUCCGCGCUCUCCUUGGAAGAUGGCCUCCGCCAACGACACCCGGCAGGCCCAGAAAGAUGCCGCCGACCAGAACUUCGACUACAUGUUCAAGCUGUUGAUCAUCGGGAACAGCAGCGUGGGGAAGACGUCCUUCCUGUUCCGUUACGCCGAUGACUCCUUCACCUCGGCCUUCGUCAGCACCGUGGGCAUCGACUUCAAGGUCAAGACGGUCUAUAGGAAUGAGAAAAGGGUCAAGCUGCAGAUCUGGGACACCGCAGGGCAGGAGAGAUACCGGACGAUCACGACGGCUUAUUACCGAGGAGCUAUGGGCUUUCUCUUGAUGUACGACAUCGCCAACCAGGAUUCCUUCAACGCCUUGCAGGACUGGGCGACCCAGAUCAAGACGUACUCAUGGGAUAACGCCCAGGUGAUCCUGGUGGGGAACAAGUGUGACCUGGAGGACGAUCGAGUGGUGGCCACGGAGGAUGGCAAGCGGCUGGCAGAUGAGCUAGGGUUUGAAUUCUUCGAAGCCAGCGCCAAGGACAACAUCAACGUCAAGCAGGUCUUUGAGCGCCUGGUGGACAUUAUCUGUGAGAAGAUGAACGAGAGCCUGGACACCAACACCACCCUCGUCGGCAACAGCAAGAACGGGGCUCUGACCGGGACUCCGCCCCCGCAGUCCAGCAGCUGCUCCUGCUAGACAACAGACUCCACUCGCCUCCGCUCCUCUCUUUCCGCCCCCCACCCCCACCCCAGCGGUCACAUUGAUGUCAUAGAUAAAUAGGAUGGGAGGUUAUAAGGAGAGGCAGAUCUCUUGGGCUGGUGUCCCACUGUUUCUCUAUUUGCUGAUGACAUCAAUGCAACGGAUCCGCUUUCCCUUUCCGUAUCCCCAGUCCAGGGUUCUUCCAUCCCAGCAACCAUGAGGGAUGAGGAACGUGAGCCCAUCCACCGGACCUCAGAGGUGGUGGGGCAGGCCCAGGCCCCCCACCACUGAUGCAAAUUGACCUGACUUCCAUUGACUUUGAUGGCGCUGACGUGGGUGCUACGGAUCCAACGGGUUCUGAUGCCUCAGCAACUGCGCAGUCUCUUGGGCGUGUGUCUGUUAACCAAGCCCCAGGGGCAGCUUUGCAAAAGGCUGGGGCAUCGAACCCCCGCAUAGAUCUGUGACAACCACUCUGUGUUUGUAAGGGGACAGGGAGGGGUGUCGGGGGAGAUGUAGGGGGGUUUCCUGCGCAAGGCUUGCUGCAGGAUCCUCAUGCAGGAAAACAGGUGUUGGGGAGGGGGCAGAUCCAUUUUCAUUUCAAUUUUCCAUUCAACAUUUCAGGCUUUUCCCAGUGAAAUUCGUGUCCUGAACAUCUUCGACCAAAAAUCAGAGCGACUUAUUCUGAAAUGCCUCCUGGAUGUUGUAGUCCAGGUGCCUUGUGCUCCUGUUCUCUUCUGUAGAGUGGAGGUCUUGGUCAGACUACAUCUCCCAUGAUGCAUCACACUCUCUCUGCUCAGAGAGGGGGGUUGCAUCAUGGGAGUCCUUGGCCAUGGUGCAGCAUGGGAGAGGUAGUCCAACUAAGGAACCCAGCUCAUAGGGGAGAAUGGAAGCUUGAGGCCACUGAACUACAACUCCCAUGAGGCACCACAGCAGCAUUGCCAAAGCAACUCAACCCCAAGUGCCUGUUUCCUAUAGAGUCACACGCCCUGUAAAUGGCCUGGGGCGCGUAUUGUGCUCCCCCACCCUGGUGCAUUUGUUUGCACUAGUGUCAAAUGCUCCCAUGAAAAUAACAACACAAGGCACCCGAGAGUUGGGUCCCUUUAAGCAGCCUCCAGUUGAGCACCCCAACCCUGGAUGCACCAAAAAUCACUAGUUUGUGGGAGGGCAGAGGAGUAAAUCCAGAGAGACUCCGCUUACACACUGACCCUCAGCUGGUGUAAAUAGGUGUCUGGCCCCUCUGCCGCCAAUGGCGUGACACUGGUUUACAUCAGCUGGCGAUCUGGGUCUUAGUGUAGAAAAGGGCCAGGGGAGAGCCAAGACCGUGGAGUGGGGAAAAUGCAGAAUACCUUCAAUAUAUCGGAUCAGUUAGAACCAAUCCCUGCAGGGCUGGGACUCUUGUAAAAACCAAAGAUCCCGGGCCUGAUUUCCCAUUGCACUGAGCCUUGAACGGUGAUUUAUUUACACGAGGAUGUGAGGGGUUAAAAUCAAUUCUAAUCUGAUUUGCAUGAGUGGUGCAUGGGGGGAGGGGUAGUGGUACAGGGAACUGGGGAGUUGGACCAGUGAGGCAGGAAGGGCCAACAGGUAGAGAUACUUUCCCCCCAUCUUGGGGUGUUGGUUCCAGGCUUGGCAGGGACUGAGACCCUAAUCUAAUGCAGGUAACGUGAGAGCUCGCCCCACGCUGUGAGGGGCUGCUGCGCUGUGGGGAAGUUGAGGCAGAGCUUUGCAGGGCCUGGGGCCCAGAUCCCAUUACUAUUACCUGGGAUUUGAGGACAUCUGACUCCCUUUGUGAUGCCCUCUGCCCCCAACCUGCAUUAAAUAUCCCCAUCAGGCCCAAAGACUCCAGUACUGUUGUUUUUGGGAGGGGCCGUGCAGGCACCCAAUGGGGCACCUUCCAGAAAGCUGUAGCUGGCAGGUGGGCCUCGGAUAACCCCCGAGGGAGGAAAAUCACUGGAUUCCCCAUCAGGGGAUGGCUAUGCUUGGACCUGGACCAGGGCAUGAGACUCAGUUGCUCCCCUACUUCUGGGGUCGUGCCUAGUCCCUGGUGUCGGCUAGAGCAGCCACUGGGCUGCUCUAAUUCAUGCGCUGUUUCCCAAAAGCCCCUGCUGAAGCAUGGAGUACCCAUAAUGCAAUGUGUUCCUCUCACACACCCCCACACACUAGGUUCAGUGCCCUUCUACCAGCUUCCCAUUGGCUGGGGUAGGCCCUGCCCCUGCACAGUGGGGGCGGGGGGAGGAGGAGGCAGGAUUCUUGGCUGGGACUGUCUCUGCCGCCUUUAUUCAACCUUAAAGGGGCCUUAACUGAAAAUCAGCCUCUGGAAUCUGGACUCUUGUGUAUCAGCUGCCCCAUACUGUACCGGGACUCAGCUCCUUUAAAAAGGAGUCAGACACAUUCCGGGCAAUGUGAAAUGCUCCUUGGUGUCCCAGCUGUGCUGGGACACAGCGAGUCUUGGCUGGAAAAGGUACCAGAGUCCAUUCCCGUCCUAUGCCGCACAGAUCAUUUCAGCCCCUCUGCAGCGAUCGAUUAGCUUCUCCUCACUGGAGCAAGCUUCUGUGCGACGACUGGGUUCUCCUGGAGUCCGAUCUCACAGCUUUCUGUGAAGCAGGUGAUCAGGGCGCGGCUGGGGGGGAACCAGACAGCAAGGGUGAAAAAUCAGGAUGGGGGUGGGGGGUAAUAGACACCUAUUAAGACAAAACCCCAACUAUGGGGACUGUCCCUAUAGAAUCGGGACAUCUGGUCACCCUACUGUGCACUGUCCCUCAGCUCACAAUGCGACACUUACACGCUUCGUGCCCCAGCCGUGCAGUGUUUUGGCCACGGGACGGGGGGUUGUAUUAUUCAGAUUUCCAGGGGGUGUGCAAUCUUUAAAAACAGAGGAGAGGCUAGUGUCUUACUUUUACAAAAAAAACAAAAGUGCCUUUAGCAAAAGCCAAACUAUUGACCAGUCACGUGUAGCUAGCCACGCUCCCAGCUAAGCUGUAGCCCAAUGGAAAAUGUCUUGUUUAACCUAAUGCUCUUUUCUUCUUAGCCAGACCUAUGCCUUCCCCCCACACCCUUCCCAGAAUUAUUUAAGAGAGAGAGAU